CAUGCGCAGUCAGGCACUUCAUCCAAAGCCUAAAAAACAGCUCUAGAGCCUGGAUGAAUUGAGAGAUAGAGCGAAAGAGGAAUAAUCCAUCAUUUCAAACACACACAUAUAUACUCCUCUUUUAAGGAACGUGUGUGUGUGUGUGUGUGUGUGUGUGUGUGUGUGUGUAUUGUGGAUCAGACAUUGCGGUGUUGCUUUAAGAGGAAUCCGCUAGCCGGGACACAGCCUGGGAUCAGGAUGGAUGGGAAGGUUAGAGCUCUCCACUAGAUCUUCCCGUGAUUGGUGCGAUCUAACCCAGAUUCGAGAAGAUCGAGACAGAGAGGGUUUAUAAAAGCAGCCCAGGACGUGUUCAAAAAAGAAGAAGAAGAAGCCUAACAGUGCCGCAGUGAAUUCCUGCGGGAGGAUGUCAUCGCUGUUCCCGGAGCUGUGAGGACACUCCCGGUGUGUGGACAUGGGGGACAUGAGUCAGACCAGACACUGCAAGAACACCUUCAUCGUCCCUGCGAUCAGAUCUUUCGACCAUUAUGACUUUAACCGAGCGAAAAUCCGAGCGAGUCUCACAUGGCUGGUGGCCAAAGCCUUUGGUACAGACAGCGUUCCAGACAAACUAAAGGAUCCGUUCUACACGGACCAGUACGAGCAGGAGCACGUGAAGCCGCCGGUGGUCGACCUUCUACUCUCAGCCGAGCUCUGCUGCCGUGCCGGGAGUCUGAUCCUCAAAAGCGAUGCUGCCAAACCUCUGCUGGGCCACGACGCCGUUAUCCAGGCCCUGGCUCAAAAAGGCUUAUAUGUGACGGUCCACGAGAGACUGGUCACCGAGAGAGACUUGUCCAUGAGGCCAAUUCAGAUGAGUGCCCACCUGGCGCUGAUUGACACGUUGAUGAUGGCUUACACGGCAGAGACGGUGAGCAUGGACAAGGUGGUGGCGUGCAUGCAGCAGUAUUCCACCGACUGCGCCGACGGAGACGUGCCGUACGACACGGAGGACGGUGUCAUCAGCUGGAUGAAUAAGGUGAACGAAUACUUGAAAGAGAUCAUCAUUCAUGAGCAAAGCAGGAGAGAGGCACAGAGGGCUGAACCUCUUGAGAUCCCUAAGUCUCCAACCAAAUGGUAUAUGAAGCUGGUUCCUUCCCGCUACAGGAAGGAACAGACUUUGCCUAAAACAGUACCAUGGAUCCCCCCAGUGGACAACCUGCUGAAGGACAGCACAGAUGGCUGCGCCCUUGCCGCCCUGCUGCACUUCUACUGCCCUGACCUCGUCAAACUAGAAGACGUGUGCCUGAAAGAGAGCAUGUCUCUGGCGGACAGCUUGUACAACCUGCAGCUGGUUCAGGAAUUCUGCCAGGAGCACUUGAACCGCUGCUGCCACUUCACCCUGGAGGACAUGCUCUACGCUUCUUCUUCCAUCAAAAACAACUACCUUGUAUUUAUGGCUGAGCUCUUCUGGUGGUUUGAAGUGGUUAAGCCAUCUUUUGUGCAGCCUCAGGUUUUGGUCAAUGACUCACCAGCUCCUUCAAUAAAGAACGUGCCAUCUGUGCCCAUUUCUAAAGUCACAAAGAGAAGCUUCAUGGAACGACCUCCUAGUCCAGACAGACCAAGUCUCCCGCUUCGACCACAGCCUUUAACAUCAAACUCAGGAGAGAUCAGGCGAUCAACCUCCAUGUCGUUUGUCGACAGCUUUUUGGGAACUUGGCCCAAGGAGAGGAGGGCAGGGACUCAGGGAGUGUCUUUUGACAUACCUUUGGAUAAGGACAACACCAGCCAAGCUCUUCCACAACCCAGGCGAGGCAUGACCCGGUCUGUGAGUACUGAAGGAUUCGGGCAAAAAAUAGCCAAGGGAAUGAAGCGGAAUCUGUCCUUCCAGCCUGUCAAUGGCCAAAACAUUGGCAUCGAGGAAGAGGGCUGUCCAGAUUCCCUUGUGGAACCCCAACAUGGUGGUCUGAAUGGUACCACUCAAAGUAGUAUUGAGGAAGCUCUGGAAAUCAUCCAUAAUUCAGAAAAGCCACAGGAGGACACCAGGGAUGAGGCGGAGAAUGAAGGUUUUUUCCUUCACACGAAGACCGAAGGAGAACCGACCUCCAAAACCCAAGCUGAAGAAGGAGACUCGUUGUCCGAGGCCAUGGGGAUUUCGAGUGCUUCAACUACCGAGGUGGACACCGGAAUCCAUGUAAAGACAGAAGACAUCCAAGAGACUCUGGAUGACGACUCAUCGCUGCGAGACUGCACAACAAGUAUGGAGUUAGAUGCAGACCAGUGCUUUGAGGCUAGAGCAAGUAACAGCCAGGAUUCCAUUAGUUCAUAUCCCAGCAGUAUUGGCACCAAAUCUCCCAUCACUGAUAUUCCCAUAGGAGUUAAGAUGACUAGCUUUGCUGAACAAAAGUUAAAAAAACUUAAUCCAAAUGCAGGGGAAAACUCUCAAGGGACCAGGCCAGACAGUUCAGACCUCAACCUUUCCCACUCAGUAUCCUGGGCCCCCUCACCAGAAGCAAGUCCUGCCCACCAGCCACAGAGGGAUCCAGCGCAAGCCAUGGCUGCAGAAAUGGUUCAGCUGCGUAUGCGGCUAGAAGAGAAGCGUCGAGCCAUAGAAGCUCAGAAGAAAAAGGUGGAAGCUGCCUUCACCCGUCACAGGCAAAAGAUGGGGCGCAGUGCCUUUCUAACGGUGGUCAAAAGAAAGAAUGACGGUGCCUCGCCAAACCAAGAGAACGCCCCAAACUCAGAGAGUACCAAGACACUAGCAGAGACUGCAAAAUCUCCAGAAAAGUCUCCAGUCAAGUCUUUUAGCGAGGACAACACAUCUGAGGCAGAUUUGAUGGAGUACACACGCUCUAUUGAGAAGUUGAACAGUUCCUUGAGCAUUUUGCAAGUGGAGAUGCAGAGGCUGGCCCAGCAGCAGGAGAUCAUCAUGCAAAUGCGGGAACAGCAGGCUUGGGUUGUGUGUCCACCACAGCCUUCUCCCCAGAAACAGAUACGUGAACUUAGAGGAAGCGGGACUCGCUCCUCGGGGUCCCCCUCACCGGCUGACUCUCCGCAUGUUACCCAUCGCUCUCCUACCAAUAUCAAGCGGAAGUCGGCUUCCUUCCACUCCAAAACCCCUCGGACACCCAGGCCUACCGAGCUCAAGAUCACCCCAUUCAACCGAGUCCUGACUGUACCACAGUCUGUGGACAGCCUACCUCGUCUGCGCCGAUUCUCACCAUCUCAGUCCGUGUCCUCGUUUGCGUACUUAGGGAAUGACACAAAGUCAAGCAAAAAUAAUAUGCAAGAUGAACCCGUAUUUACAGAAGGUACUACAUCUGAUCUCACUUCGCCCACCAAAGACUUACAACAGACUGAAAAUGACACAGUCAUUGCAGAUUUUGAGGAGUUCGAGAACAGUGCGGAGGAAAAUGUAGAGAUGAAGAACAAAGGAAAAGAAUCCGAAGGAGAAAUCAAGCCCACAGUGGAAACUAGUGUUUCGGAGGUGUUGUCCCAAGCUGUAAAAGAAACCUACACGGUAACCCCUACCGAGAAACCAGCAGAUAUUGCUGGUCAAAACAACAAAAACUUGAUUGAAGUGCCACUAUCCAUUCUAAAGCCCCUUGAAGGACAGGAAUUCGAAGAUGCUGGAGAGGCAAUGCCAGCAGGAGAGAACCUGGAAGAUGACCAGAAGAUGUGCUGUGGGUUCUUCUUUAAGGAUGACAUGAAGGGGGAGGACAGCAUGGCGAUAAAGCGAGCUGCCCUCCUGGAGAAGAGGCAGAAACGGGAGCGGGAGAACCAGCAGAGGAAGCAGCAGCUCGAGGCUGAACUGGAACAAAAGAAAGAAGAAGCCAGAUUAAAGGCUGAAGAAGAACGUCAGAAGAAGGAAGAUGAGAAAGCCCGGCGGGAGUUCAUUAAGCAGGAGUACCUGAGGAGAAAGCAGCUAAAGCUCAUGGAAGAUAUGGAUAUGCUGGUGAAAGCCCGACCAGCCACGGCUAAGCAAAAGAAACCACGGCCCAAAUCCAUUCAUCGCGAUGUCAUCGAGUCCCCCAAGACCCCUGUCAGGGCAGCAGCAGGUUCACGACCUCGUGUCUUUUCAGUGUCCAGUCUCUCUUUGGCCUCCCUUAGUCUGGGAGACAAUGACAGUAUCAGCUCGGAGAAACGAACCCCCAGAAGCAAUAGCUUAGCGUCGGCCAGCCUAUACGGCUUCUUGAGCUCUCCUCGUGUACGAAGGAGAAGUAGGCCUGAUUCAGCUGACAGCUUCCUGUCUCCUUCAUGCUCCGGGAGCCAUAAUGGCGAGAAAGACUGGGAAAAUGCCUCCACCACCUCCUCAGUCACUUCAAUCACCGAAUACACAGGUCCUAAGUUGUACAAAGAACCCAGUGCCAAGUCAAAUAAGCAUAUUAUUCAGAACGCUUUGGCUCAUUGUUGUCUGGCUGGGAAGGUCAAUGAAGGUCAGAAGAACAAGAUCCUGGAGGAAAUGGAGAAAUCGCAGGCCCACAACUUCCUGAUCCUGUUUCGCGAUUCGGGUUGCCAGUUUCGCUCCGUGUACACGUACUACCCGGAGACCGAGCAGGUGAACAAGCUGGCCGGGAUCGGGCCCAAAAGCAUCUCGCGGAAGAUGAUCGAGGGCUUGUUCAAGUACAAUUCGGACCGCAAGCAGUUUAGCCAAAUCCCUGCGAAGACCAUGUCUGCCAGCGUGGACGCCAUUACCAUCUACAGCCACUUGUGGCAGACCAAGAAGCCGGGGACGCCGAAGAAAGUCGCGCCUACCAACAAGUCAUAAGAUUCGAUAUUUGUUUGCGGCUCUUUGCGCUUCAUUCUUUUCUUUUUUUUCUGAUUUAUAAACGCCGUAUUUUCCACAUUUCCACAUCACGGCAACACGACCAACACUAUAUAAAAUAUGCACAACUGGAUUGUAAAGCAACAUGGGCUUGUCACUGGAACUCACUCCUUUAUUUAGAACCUGGGAGUCUCAUUGCAUUUCAGUUAAAGCAUAUGAGUGUGUGUGUGUGGGAGGGGGGUAACUUUUCUAUGUGGACAAAAAUAAAAGGGAAUGAUGAAAAUAUGACUGAUAUUUGGUACCCUGAAGCACUGAAUUUCAAUUAUGUGUAGAAACAGUAUUAUGUGUGUAUGUUUUCAAUCGGCUUCGGUUUCUUUGGAUGUUUUUAUGGUAUGUAAUGUUGUGCUCUUAUGAUAAAAGAUAUGGUGUCGGUCAAA